AUGGUGUUGUCGUCCAGGAAGUGUGCCUUCGUGGCAUCACAGUCGAUUGGAAAACCCAACGAUGGAUGGUCAAAGAACAACAGUCUCUUCUUCUCCAAAACGCGAGAGAUAGUGGCCAAACGGAAAGCGUCGUCGAAGCAGCAAAGGAAAGUACAGCUGAGAGAGGAAACGCGAGCGAUGCAACUGAAAAGAGAAGAGAGAGAGAGGAAAGAGAAGGAGGAAAUGGAACGGCGUCCAGAACCGCCGAUUGGAGCGGCGGAAAGUUUGAGAGAGGCGAACGAAAGAAUCGAAGAGGCGGACGCGAAGUUUCAAUCCGCGGUGGAUUCAACCAGAGAGAUUAAAAAGAUGAAGAGAGAGAGCGCGGAGUGGGAUCCGCAAAUCGGGUAUGGUAAGUUUCGUGAGGUUUCCGAACAGGUGAAGGAAAUGAACGGACUCAGGGUGCGAACGUACGAGACGAGAUUGGAACGCGCUGUUUUUUUGAUCGAACUCGCCAAAGGCUUGGGGAAUGCAAGUAACAGUAGUAGUAACAGCAGUAGUAGUAGUAGCAGCAGUAGUAGUAGAAGUAGUACCACAGGGGGCGGUGACGACGAGGAUAGUGAUUAUGUUGGGGGUAUUAACGAUGAUGCAGUAGUUGCAAACGAUGUCGGAGCGGUCGGUAAAACCUUAGACGCUUUUGAUUGGGUGUAUGGAAAAGAAUUCGUGGACGAAUCAAACGCGAGAACUGUGGAGUUUAUGCUUCGAGCGUCGCAGAAGAAGUCGCAAAACGACGGCUUGAAGCCGGAGAUUUCGUUUGAAAUAUUAAACGUCGCUGUAGCGGCCGAAGCUUUGGGAUGCAUCAAUAACAAAGACAACGUCAUUCAGAAACACGUGAAACGCGUACAGAAAGGAAUCGACGGAGGACUGAUUUCUCCAAACGACGACGCGGCCAAUGCGUUGCUAGAAAAGAUUGAUGCUUUUCUCCAAGAACAAGAGCGACAAAAGCAAUAA